AUGAUAAAAAAACAUCGUUUGGUGAUAUCGAUAUUAAUAAUAGUAUCGAUAUAUACUUUCAUCAAUACAUUAUCGUUACCAAAGCAUAGAACGUCAACAUUGAAUAAUCCUAAAGUAAGAUUGUUACAAGAACUAGAAAAGAAUAAAAAUUGGCGUCAAGAUGGUUUCAAUUUUCAAAGUAAUAAUAUGGCCAAAUUACCUGAGUCUUCAACGUUAAGAAAUCAAUUAGCUUUCCAUUUCCCUUAUGAACCAUCUAAACCUUUUGAGAAGAGUAUUUGGCAAACUUGGAAAGUUUCACUUUCAGAUGAAAAUUUUCCCAUUAAAUAUAAGAGUUACCAAAGAGAAUGGGAAAAUUUAAAUCCUGGUUAUCAACAUCAUAUAUUAGCAGAUGGAGAAUGUCAUUCAUUAAUAUCACAAAUCUAUUCAACAGUUCCUGAUGUUGCAAAAGCCUAUAAAUUGAUGCCAAAAUCAAUUUUGAAAGCAGACUUUUUCAGAUAUUUGAUAUUAUUUGCCAGAGGAGGUGUUUAUUCAGAUAUUGAUACUGUAGGAAUUAAACCUAUUAAAGAUUGGAUGUCAAGUAAAUCUAAAAUAUAUGAUAAAGAGAAUACUGUGGGUUUAGUUGUAGGUAUUGAAGCAGAUCCAGAUAGACCCGAUUGGAAUGAUUGGUAUGCGAGAAGAAUUCAAUUCUGUCAAUGGACCAUACAAGCUAAAAAAGGGCAUCCAAUGUUAAAGAAUUUGAUAGCCAAAAUAACUGAAAUCACUUUAGAAAGAGAAGAAAAUGGUCAAUUAGAAAAAGUUCUAGGUAAAGAUGCUGGUGGUGAUAUUAUGGAUUGGACAGGUCCAGGUAUUUGGACUGAUGCUGUAUUCCAAUAUAUGAAUAACGCUGCCCAGAGUCCUGAAGAUUUGAAAUCAGGUAAAGUUGAAGAUAUCAUUACUUGGAAAAUUUUUACAGGAAUUCAAUCACCAGUUGUCAUUGAUGAUGUUCUAGUAUUACCUAUAACCUCAUUUAGUCCUGAUGUGGGACAAAUGGGAGCUAAAUCGACUAAUGACCCUUAUUGUUAUGCCAAACAUAUGUUCCUGGGCUCUUGGAAAGACGAUAAACCUAAACAUAAACCCAAACCCAAGAAAGAUUAA